UAAAACAGCGGGGCGGUGCAUCACGUGGGUCGGGGACGUGUCAGGGGGCGGAGCCUCUGCAGCCCCUGCCCGAGUUAAAACCGGAGUGUGAGAGAGAAAAGCGCUUCAGUAGCGAGAGGGGCUGAGAAAGUGGUGACACCGCCGGGACACGUCUGCCUCUAUGAACCAGCGCAGCCAUCUGGGCACCACCUACCUGGACACGGCCAAAGGCGCGGUAGAGACCUUCAUGAAGCUCCGUGCCCGAGAUCCUGCCAGCAGAGGAGACAGGUACAUGCUGGUCACUUUCGAAGAGCCGCCCUAUGCUAUCAAGGCUGGAUGGAAAGAAAACCAUGCAACGUUUAUGAAUGAACUGAAAAACCUUCAGGCUGAAGGACUUACGACUCUUGGCCAAUCCCUAAGGACAGCUUUUGAUUUAUUAAAUUUAAAUAGAUUAGUAACUGGCAUAGACAACUAUGGGCAGGGAAGAAACCCUUUUUUCUUGGAGCCAGCAAUAAUUAUUACAAUUACUGAUGGGAGCAAGUUGACUACUACCAGUGGAGUCCAGGAUGAGCUUCAUUUACCUCUCAAUUCUCCUUUGCCUGGAAGUGAAUUGACCAAGGAACCUUUUCGUUGGGAUCAGAGACUCUUUGCAUUAGUGUUGCGAUUACCUGGCACCAUGUCGGUAGAAUCAGAGCAGUUAACAGGUGUUCCUUUAGAUGACUCUGCAAUCACACCAAUGUGUGAAGUAACAGGAGGUCGUUCAUAUUCUGUAUGUUCUCCAAGAAUGCUUAAUCAGUGUCUGGAGUCCUUGGUGCAAAAGGUGCAAAGUGGGGUGGUAAUAAACUUUGAAAAAGCAGGACCAGAUCCUUCUCCUGUGGAAGAUGGGCAACCAGAUGUAUCAAGGCCUUUUGGAUCUCAGCCUUGGCAUAGUUGUCACAAGCUCAUAUAUGUCAGACCAAACCCUAAAACUGGGGUUCCUAUAGGUCACUGGCCUGUUCCAGAAUCUUUUUGGCCAGAUCAGAAUUCUCCAACACUACCACCUCGUACAUCUCAUCCUGUAGUGAAGUUUUCCUGCACAGACUGUGAACCCAUGGUUAUUGACAAAUUGCCUUUUGACAAAUAUGAGUUGGAACCUUCACCACUGACUCAAUUUAUCCUGGAAAGGAAAUCUCCUCAAACAUGUUGGCAGGUAUAUGUGAGCAAUAGUGCAAAAUAUAGUGAACUUGGUCAUCCUUUUGGUUACUUGAAAGCCAGUACAGCACUGAACUGUGUCAAUUUAUUUGUGAUGCCUUACAAUUAUCCAGUCCUUCUUCCCCUUUUAGAUGACUUGUUUAAAAUACAUAAAGCAAAACCAACACUGAAAUGGAGACAGUCAUUUGAAAGUUAUUUGAAGACGAUGCCUCCCUACUAUCUUGGGCCCUUGAAGAAAGCUGUUAGAAUGAUGGGAGCACCUAACCUAAUAGCAGACAGUAUGGAAUAUGGACUUAGUUACAGUGUCAUUUCGUACCUCAAAAAAUUGAGUCAGCAGGCCAAAAUAGAAUCUGAUCGAGUUAUUGGAUCUGUAGGCAAAAAAGUAGUACAGGAAACCGGAAUUAAAGUCCGGAGCCGAUCACAUGGUUUAUCAAUGGCAUAUAGGAAAGAUUUUCAACAGUUGCUCCAGGGAAUUUCAGAAGAUGUUCCUCACAGACUGCUAGACCUUAAUAUGAAGGAGUACACUGGAUUCCAGGUUGCGUUGCUGAAUAAGGAUUUGAAACCACAGACAUUUAGAAAUGCUUAUGACAUACCAAGACGGAAUCUUUUGGAUCACUUAACAAGAAUGAGAUCCAAUCUUUUGAAGAGCACCCGCAAAUUUCUUAAAGGACAGGAUGAAGAUCAAGUGCACAGUGUUCCUAUAGCACAAAUGGGAAAUUACCAGGAAUACCUCAAGCAAGUACCUUCUCCAUUACGAGAACUUGAUCCUGACCAGCCUCGAAGGUUGCAUACAUUUGGUAACCCCUUUAAGCUGGAUAAAAAGGGUAUGAUGAUAGAUGAAGCAGAUGAAUUUGUGGCUGGACCUCAAAAUAAACAUAAACGACCUGGAGAACCAAAUAUGCAAGGGAUCCCCAAAAGACGUCGGUGUAUGUCUCCGUUACUAAGAGGCAGACAGCAGAAUCCUGUUGUGAACAAUCAUAUUGGAGGAAAAGGACCACCUGUACCUAUGACUCAAGCACAGCCUGAUCUUAUUAAACCCCUCCCUCUUCAUAAAAUGUCAGAAACCGCUAAUGAUUCGGCAAUAGAUGACGUGGUUGAAAAUCAUGUGGCAGACCAACUUCCGUCAGACAUUACACCAAAUGCUGUAGAUACUGAGUUUUCAACAUCCUCUUCAGCCAGUUUACUGGAACGACCAACUAAUCAUACAGAGGCUCUGGGUCAUGACCAUUUAGGAACUAAUGACCUAACUGUUGGUGGGUUUUUAGAAAAUCAUGAGGAGCCAAGAGAUAAAGAACAAUGUGUUGAAGAGAAUAUACCAGCAUCUUCACUCAACAAAGGAAAGAAAUUGAUGCAUUGCAGAAGCCAUGAAGAGGUCAACACUGAACUCAAAGCACAAAUAAUGAAAGAGAUCCGAAAACCAGGAAGAAAAUAUGAAAGAAUAUUCACUUUACUGAAGCACGUGCAAGGCAGUUUACAAACAAGACUAAUAUUUUUACAAAAUGUCAUCAAAGAAGCAUCAAGGUUUAAAAAACGAAUGCUAAUAGAACAACUGGAGAACUUUUUGGAUGAAAUUCAUCGAAGAGCCAAUCAGAUCAACCAUAUUAAUAGCAAUUAAAAGAAAAUAGAAUGUGGCCACUUAGUUCACUCUCUUCUCCAAACAUAAAGUAAAUACAGGACUGUUGUGAUCUUGCAUUCAUUUUUGACAUGCAUUGUUGGUUAUUUGAAACACAAAAAGGAAGUCUACAGAUACUUUUCUCAUCAUUUUACAGUGACCUUUUCUUCACUUUGGUUUAUUUUUGUAAUGUGAAAAAGUAUCACUCUAAAAAAAUUUUUUAUUUAACAAACUAAAAAUAUUCCUCCAGAUCUCUUGCUUGUCAUUGACUCUUGCGUGUCAAUUUCCCUCAGGUUCUAUUUUCUUAAACCAACCUUUAAAAUUGUCACCUCUGUUAAGGUUGAACUUUGCCAAAAAGGAAAAAAGAAAAAAAAAAAGGAGUUACUUUGUAAUUUUUGGGGAAAAAAGCACAUACAUUAAAACUAGGUAAUGUUUUGUAUAUACAGUUAUUUUGGAUAUAUUAUUGUAAGUUGUACAAAUGUAUUUUGAAGAAUAUUUAAGAAAAGCACUUUUGUUAUUCCAUCAAUAAAUGCUCUAUUUUACUCUUGUGUGGUUUAGGAAAUAAUCACAUUUAAAGUAAUCAUUUGAAAAAAAAUUAAUGGAAUCUUAAAGGCCUUGCUUUUUAGCACUGGAGAAAUAUACCAUAGAGGCUCCUAUUUGUGAAAAGUAACUGUAAUCACAUGUUAGGUAAUCUGCGUUGUCUUUUUACUCUAUGUUCUUAGUUUUUGCUGUCCACAGCAACAUACUCCCCUUUUUGUUUAGAUAAUGGAAACGACUGUAUCUGUGACAUACAAGCAGAUACUUACAAAGCUGUUUCAAAAGCAGGCUUUGGACAUUACUGGUUUCUUUACUUCCUUCAACCAUUUUUCUCUUCUCACUAAGUAUGUGGAUGGCACUUUACAGAAGCUGUUAGAGGGAGUGGUAAGUGUGGGGUACACUACAUACUCUAAAAUGUCUAGCCUUUAGCAACUUGAUGCCAUGCUUACACAAAGGCCCAUCACAAAGUGGAGGGGUCUCUUCAUUCUGCUCUACUAUUCUUGAGCUUAAACUCUCAAUUUUAUUUAGAAGCUAAAGGAAAGGAAACACAGUUAAGAUGGCCUUGCUUAUGAUCACUUUAUAUCUCCCCCUCCCCCCAAGUGACACAGAAUAAAGAAAACCCCAUAUUAUUCAUUCUCCAUUGUCGAUCCAACAUGGCCUUGAGUUUCCUUAUGAAUGAAGCAAUUCUAUGACCUGACUCACUUGUCAUUCAUAGAUCACUGCUGUGCCUUAGUGUUUUUUGGAGGUAACCAAUAGAAAAUGUUAAAAUACAUUUGGAUUAAAAGAGGGUGAAAUUUAUAAUAAAUUGAAAUAUUUUUGCAUUCAUUGUAUUUGAAAAUCAAAUACCCUUUUUACACUUUAGCAGAACAUUUUUUUUUAAUUUCAAGGGUAUAGCAAAAUGAAAUUGUAACUUUGGGUGAAGAAAAGUAUAGUUGAAAGGAAAGGGUGUACUUGAGAUCUGUUAAUUUAAUCCAAGGGAAUUGGAAUUUUCCCAAUACUGUAAGCAAACCCUGUCAAGAUAAAGAAGCAUUUAAUGUGACAUAUAAUAUUUUCAUAUGCAAUUCUUUAAACCUUUUUUUAAUCUACAAAACACUUUUUAAGUAAAGCAGGAUAUCAUUUAAAAGGUGAAGUUGUUAAAGUAAUUGCCUGCAGUCACAUUGCUAAAUUCAGCAAUUUCUAAACAAUCCAGAAUACAUUAUCUGCUCUUAAAUUAUAUAUGUUUAGAUUCUGAGAUUAACAAAAGGGAUUAGAAAUCAUUCAGAUAUAAACUCAUACUUAACAAUAUCUAGGAAAGAAACUCAAUCUCGCCCAUUAUUUGUUAGCUUUCCUAGCCAGGAAUUUUUUGUUUCCAUUUGAUGGGUUGUUCAUGA